AUGAAUAAUUCAGAAAAAGUUUAUAUGCUUUUUGUUUACGUCGUUAAAUUCACGUCAGGCUGCACGUGCUUAUAUAGCGAACACCCGUCACAUAGUUAUUUUCAUAAGUUAGAAAGGGAUUUAAGAAAUACUGGUUCUUUUUCUAAUAUAAGAGUUAUUGCCAACCAACAACCUAGACAAGUUAAUGUAUUAGGGGAAGAUAUUGAGCUUCAAGUGUUGGCAUACGUAAGAGCAAAUCCUAGAGUUAGUACGCAUCAUGUUGGCUUUGAAAUAGGUAAAUUGUUGGGACCUUAUUUCUAUGACGGAACAUUAAAUGGAAGACGGUAUUUAGAAUUUCUAAUUAAUGAGCUACCGAUCAUGCUAGACGAUAUUCCUCUUGCAACAAGAAACCAUUCGAUUUUGCAACAAGAUGGAGCCCCAGCACAUAAUGCAAUCGUCAUGAAGAACUAUUUAAAUGAACAUUUUGAAAAUCGUUGGAUAAGAACUAAUGGUAUAAUAAAAUGGCCACCUCGAUCCCCAGAUCUUACACCCCUUGAUUACUUUUUGUGGGGACAUCUAAAAACUAUCGUCUAUGGAAACCCACCUACUAAUCUUAUUGAUUUGAAACAAAAAAUAAUUGUGGCGUGUAACCAACUUACUAAAGGGCAAAUUUCAUCUGCAACAAAUAAAGAAUUUCUACGGAGGACAGAAGCAUGUUUAAAUUAUAAUGGAGAGCAAUUUGAACAAUUUAUAAGAUAA